GCUGCUAAAGCAGUGCGAUCAUGGCGGAGCGCGUUCAGCAGCCCCCAGCUAAACGGCUCUGCUGCCGACCCGGGUACAACACAGCAUGCAGACAAGGCCAACGGGCCGGUGGAACAGUAUGUGGCGGUCCUGGCGCUGGCCAAGGGGGAUCCAGCAAGACCCAGAGCCCGGAAUCUCUGUUGGACAUCGCGGCUAGGAAAGUAGCAGAGAAGUGGCCGUUUCAAAGGGUGGAGGAACGUUUCGAAAGGAUCCCAGAACCUGUUCAAAGAAGGAUCGUCUACUGGUCUUUCCCCAGGAGCGAACGGGAGAUCUGCAUGUACUCUUCGUUCAAUACAGGCGGAGAUGAGACUGGGGCAAGCGGUGAGAACAGCGACGAGACACGGUUGCCUUUCCGCCGGGGCAUCGCUCUACUGGAGAGUGGCUGUGUGGACAACGUAUUGCAAGUCGGCUUUCAUCUCAGUGGUACCGUCACAGAGCCGGCGACGCCGUCGGACCCGGAGGUGGUGUGCAGCGUGGCCAUCAGCUUCGACCGCUGCAAGAUCACCUCGGUGACGUGCGGCUGCGGCAACAAGGACAUCUUCUACUGCGCGCACGUGGUGGCGCUGUCGCUGUACCGCGUGCGGCGGCCCGAGCAGGUCAAGCUGCACCUGCCCAUCUCGGAGACGCUCUUCCAGAUGAACCGCGACCAGCUGCAGAAGUUCGUGCAGUACCUCAUCACCGUGCACCACACCGAGGUGCUGCCCACCGCCCAGAAGCUCGCCGACGAGAUCCUCUCGCAGAACUCCGAGAUCAACCAAGUGCACGGCGCCCCAGACCCCACGGCGGGGGCCAGCGUGGACGACGAGAACUGCUGGCACCUGGACGAGGAGCAGGUCCAGGAGCAGGUCAAGCUCUUCCUGUCCCAGGGCGGCUACCACGGCUCGGGCAAACAGCUCAACCUGCUCUUCUCCAAGGUGCGUGAGAUGUUGAAGAUGCGUGACUCUAACGGCGCGCGGAUGCUCACGCUGAUCACGGAGCAGUUCAUGGCCGACCCACGACUGGCCCUCUGGAGGCAGCAGGGCACCAGCAUGACCGACAAGUACCGCCAGCUCUGGGACGAGCUCGGUGCGUUGUGGAUGUGCAUCGUGCUGAACCCCCACUGUAAGGCGGAGCAGAAGGCCGGCUGGCUCCGGCAGCUCAAGAAGUGGAACAGCGUGGACGUGUGUCCCUGGGAGGACGGUAACCACGGCAACGAGCUGCCCAAUUUAACCAACGCUUUGCCUCAGGGCGCCCACGGGAACCAAGACCCCGGCCGGCCCCACCGGACGGUGUUCACGCGGGCGAUCGAGGCGUGUGACCUCCACUGGCAGGACAGCCACCUGCAGCACAUCAUCAGCGAGGACCUCUACACCAACUACUGUUACCAUGACAACACUGACAGCUCGCUCUUCGACACCCGCGGCUGGCCCCUGUGGCACGAGCACGUUCCGACGGCGUGUGCGCGGGUGGACGCUCUCCGUUCCCACGGCUACCCUCGAGAGGCACUGCGGCUGGCCAUCGCCAUUGUCAACACGCUACGGAGACAACAACAGAAACAGCUGGAGCUCUUCAGAAACCACAAAAAAGAUAUGCUCCAUAAAGGGAUGACGUCCAUCACCAAUCCUGAGGGGUGGGUGGGACACCCCCUGGACCCCAUCGGAACGCUCUUCUGCACCCUCAUGGAGACGGGCCGGGAGGACGAUGGGGACGUCUUAGGCUCCAUGGGUUCCUUAAAGUGUUCAGAGACCACGCACCUGCUGUCGUCGUCGUCGAUGUCGUCGAUGUCGAUGUCGUCGUCGAUGAUGUCGUCGUCGUCGUCCACGCUGCGGUUCCUGGAGGAGGGCGAGUCGUUUGUGGCGCUGGCGGUGGAGACGGCGCUGGUGGGCCUGGGCCAGCAGAGGAGCAUGCCCGACGGGCUCUACGCCCAGGAGAAGGUGUGCCGCAACGAGGAGCACCUCAUCGCCAAGCUGCAGGAGGUGGAGCUGGACGACACGCUCGUCAAGAUAUUCCGCAAGCAGGCCGUCUUCCUGUUAGAAGGGGGACCGUACAGUGGUUUAGGGGAACUCGUAUACAGAGAGAGUGUUCCGAUGCACACGUUUGCCAAGUAUCUCUUCACCUCUCUCCUACCUCACGACGCUGAACUGGCUUAUAAAAUUGCACUGCGAGCAAUGCGGUUACCAGUAUUGGAAUCCACGGCUCCUUCGGGCGACCUGUCCCGGCCUCACCACAUUGUGUCCGUGGUGCCCAACCGCUACCCCCGCUGGUUCACACUCAGCCACAUCGAGUCACAACAGUGCGAGCUGGCCUCCACCAUGCUCACCGCAGCCAAAGGUGACGGCCGGUGGUUAGAAACAGUAUUAGAGUCCAUACAGAAAAACAUCCACACCUCGUCCCACAUCUUCAAGCUGGCACAGGAUGCUUUCAAGAUCGCCACACUCAUGGACAGCCUGCCCGACAUCACCUUACUCAAAGUAUCCCUGGAACUAGGACUUCAGGUAAUGAGAAUGACGCUCUCAACGUUAAAUUGGAGACGGCGGGAAAUGGUACGGUGGCUGGUUACUUGUGCCACAGAAGUUGGGGUCUAUGCACUGGACAGCAUCAUGCAGAGCUGGUUCACGCUCUUCACGCCGACGGAGGCCACGAGCAUCGUGGCGACGACCGUCAUGUCCAACAGCACCAUCGUGCGCCUGCACCUGGACUGCCACCAGCAGGAGAAGCUGGCGGGCAGCGCCCGGACGCUGGCGCUGCAGUGCGCCAUGAAGGACCCGCAGAACUGCGCGCUGUCGGCGCUCACGCUCUGCGAGAAGGACCACAUCGCCUUCGAGACGGCCUACCAGAUCGUGCUGGACGCCGCCACCACGGGCAUGAGCUACACGCAGCUGUUCACCAUCGCCCGCUACAUGGAGCACCGCGGCUACCCGAUGCGGGCGUACAAGCUGGCGUCGCUGGCCAUGGCGCACCUCAACCUGAGCUACAACCAGGACACGCACCCGGCCAUCAACGACGUGCUGUGGGCGUGCGCGCUCAGCCACUCGCUGGGCAAGAACGAGCUGGCCGCCAUCAUCCCGCUGGUGGUCAAGAGCGUCAAGUGCGCCACGGUGCUCUCGGACAUCCUGCGGCGCUGCACGCUGACCACGCCGGGCAUGGUGGCGCUGCACAGCCGGCGGAACUCGGGCAAGCUCAUGUCGCUGGACAAGGCGCCGCUGCGGCAGCUGCUGGACGCCACCAUCGGCGCCUACAUCAACACCACGCACUCGCGCCUCACGCACAUCAGCCCGCGCCACUACAGCGAGUUCAUCGAGUUCCUCAGCAAGGCGCGCGAGACCUUCCUCAUGGCGCACGACGGACACAUCCAGUUCACGCAGUUCAUAGACAACCUGAAGCAGAUCUACAAAGGCAAAAAGAAACUGAUGAUGCUGGUGCGGGAGCGAUUUGGUUAAGCAAGACCCCCCACCCCCUUUUACACACAAACACAGGGAGGAGGGGAGGGGGGGCAAAAAAAACACAAACACCCUACCCUUCCUCUCAGCUCUUACUUGAGUUUGCCUUUGUAUCGUUUCUAACUUAAAAGUGACAAGCAGACAAACAAACAAACAAACAAACAAACAAACAAACAAACAGACAAAUAAACAAGAGAACCGAAUGGAAGAAGCGGGACUUGAGGGAAGCAGCCAGAACCACAGCGGUAUUAUAAUGUGUAUAGACCUGUUAGUUUGCGAAAGCGGGAAAAAAAGACAAAAAAAAAAAAAAAACAAACAAACAAAACAGAAAGUGUCAUGUCGUGGACGUUUGUGUGUUUCCCUUCAUUUUGUAUGAAAGAGCGCGAGUGCGAUAAAAGAGGAAAAAAAAGAUAAGAAAAUGAAAAAAAAAAACGAUGUUUUGGUUUACACUGAGUAUAUGUUGUCCAGUGGCAAAAGGCCCACAGAGCACUCCUGUUUUCUCUGUUCACAAUCCCAGCCUCAAAGAGAAGAGAUAUGGCUUUAAACCAAACACGACACCUCCAUCCUAAGUGACAAGUACCUCGUACGGAUCCAGCUUUACUCCCACCUGACCUGCUCACACAUUUCCAGUAAAGUGAAUAAGCGUGCAGAAAGCAACGAGAGAGAGAGCGAGAGAGAGAGAAAAAAAACAAGCAAUUUUCCUAGCUUUUUUGUUCUCUUUUUUUUUUUCCUUCCCCAGGAAGCCGUGAAAUAUCCAACUCCAAGCUACCCUUGCUUUGCAGUGCUGUUUGGUCUGAAGCAUAUAGACAAAUUACACCUGUUAUUACACACAUACCAUACACACACACUCACACACUCUCUCACACACACACACACACACACACACACACACACACACACACACACACACACACACACACACAGUUAAAGGAACACGCUGUGUCUCACUCUAUACAUGCACACACACACGUAUAUAUAUACACACAUACACACAGAGACACACACAGACACACACACACACACACACACACACACACACACACACACACACACAUAAGAACUCCAACACCCCCCAUUGUGCUUGCGCUUGUGGAAACUUAGCAACUGUCAACAUACAUUCUCAGGGAUUUCUCUAAAAACAGAAAAUGACAAAAAAAGAGAGAAUGAGAGCAUUUUAUUGUACUGUACAUAUGAUAGUAUAUGUCUGAAUAUUGAGAAAAUGUAUAUGUUAACUAAUUUAUAAAAGAAUAUUCUAUGUAAUGCAAAAUACUUGAAGCUGCAGUACCAUGGUUUUAAACAAACAAAAAAAACAUAUCAGAAGGACUAAACGGUGGCCGUGCCUGAGUUCACACACGUGUGUGUGUGUGACGAACGGUGGACUUGUAAUGCUGGGUUUCUAUGCAGAGCCACUCGAAGCCCUGCGUGUUCAGGCUGGUCUAUCGAAACCAUGACUGGGGGGGAUGUUUUGUAUGUACAUACAAAAUGUUUGUAUCCGGUGUGGACUCACUUUUUUUUGUACAGGGCAUCAGAGAUAAAGGAGAGUUGGAAAGAGAGGGAGAAGAGAGGUGGGUGAGGAGAGAGAGAGAGAGAGAGAAAGUGGACGAACCAGAGCAGCAAGCCUUAGCAUUAAGUAGGUAAUGCAAGCAUCCACAGGCCCAUGUGCCUCAAAAGCCUAGAAAUGUAGAGAUCCAUCUGAAACGGACUUUCUAUUUAUCAACGUUGACCACACAAGACAUCCAGAGUAAAAAUUGGCCUGAAACGCAUCCAUAACUCUCUCCACAAAUGAUCAAGUGACAACGAAAAAAAAAAAAAGACAGACUCCAUUUUAUGCACAAAUAACAUGUCCAUGCCUCCUCUGCCGGCAUCUUGACUUUGUGCAGGACAGAAAGUUGCUGUAUACGUCUGACUGUUCCAAUUUUUAAAAAUGCUUUUUUUUAUGUUUCCUUUUCUGAUUUUGUUCCUCUAGAAUUCCUCAAACAAGAACAGCCUUCUUUCUCGCCUUGUCUUAACGCUUUAAAAUAACCAAACUGGAGUUCUAACUACCAAACUUGUUCAUUAAAAUGAAAAGCCAACCAACUUUGGUUACAACUUUAGUGUCUUUAAUUUUAGCUGAAUGGUUCUGUACUUUGUGCUUUAAAAAGCAGUUUUUUCCUUUUUGGUGCAAAAACGUCUAGUGUCUCUUGUUCUCUUAGAGGUAUGUUUGUAGCUCUUUUUUUGUUUUGUUUAGAAAACUGAAAUCUCAUGUUCUCCAUUUUAUUUAUUAUGAAAGGUAAACGAUUGUACUUCAUCACCCUUGGCGACAUGCUCAUGAAGUUGAAAUUAAGAUUUGAUACACCAAUAUCAAUUUAUUUAUGUAACUAAAUCACUGUUUUAUAAACUUGUUAAUGAUUCAACAUUUUUGUUUUAAUUAAAUUAGUUUUUUUGAGAGGA